AUGCGGGUGAAAGAUCCAUCAAGGGCCAACCCCGAGAAACCGAAGAGAAGCAAAAGGCCUAACAGGCCACAGGAUGAGGACUCUUCAGAUGAUAUUUCAGGCUUGCCGUGCCAGCACGUGAGGCAGGCGGUGGACGUGCAGCAUGUGAAGCGGGCGGUGGCGCAGAGCCUCUGGGCCAUCUGUGCAGAGUGUCUGAAGGAGAGGCGCAUGAGUGACGGGGAGCCCGUGGCACCCUCAGACAUAUGGCUGUGUCUCAAAUGUGGCUCCCAGGGCUGUAGUAAGAACUCGGAAGGCCAGCAUUCUCUGAAGCACUUCCAGACAGCACGCACAGAGCCUCACUGCAUUGUUAUCAACCUCAGCACGUGGAUCAUAUGGUGUUAUGAAUGUGAUGAAGAGCUGUCAACACAUUGCAACAAAAAGGUUUUGGCUCAGAUAGUUGACUUUCUUCAAAAACAUGGUUCCAGGGCUGAACCAAGUUCAUCAAAAAUCAUACGACUCCGUGAAGAAAACAGUGAAACAAGUGAAAUACUGAAAGGAAAAAGUUCUGGUAAUGGUGCAUCAGUUCCAGUGAAAGGAAUAAAUAAUUUAGGAAAUACGUGCUUUUUUAAUGCUGUCAUGCAGAACUUGGCACAGACUCACAUACUAAAUGAACUGAUGUAUGAGAUGAAGGAGAAAGGAACGAAGUUAAAAAUCUGUCAUACUUCAGACUCCCAAUUAGAUCCUUUGGUGGUAAACCUCUCCAGCCCAGGACCCUUGACUUCAGCGAUGUUCUUGUUCCUUCACAGCAUGAGGGAGGCUGGAAAAGGUCCUCUUUCUCCCAAAGUGCUAUUCAGCCAGCUUUGUCAAAAGGCUCCUCGAUUUAAGGGGUUCCAGCAGCAGGACAGCCAGGAGCUUCUGCACUAUCUGUUAGAUGCAAUGAGGAUUGAAGAAACAAAGCGUAUACAAACUGGUAUCUUAAAAGCAUUUAAUAAUCCAACUACAAAGACAGCAGAUGAAGAAACUAGAAGAAAAGUCAAAGCAUAUGGAAGAGAGGGUGUGAAGAUGAACUUCAUAGAUAGGAUCUUUGUUGGUGAAUUGACUAGCACUGUCAUGUGUGAGGAAUGUGAAAAUAUUUCAACAGUAAAAGAACCUUUCAUUGAUCUUUCACUUCCUAUAAUAGAGGAGAGGGUUGCAAAACCUGUGCCUUUGGGAAGAACAGGUAAAGGUAAAAGUGUACAAGAGGCAGAUCUUGGUCAGUAUAACUGUUCUUCUAUCACUACACUGAAUAAUCAACCCAAAAUUGCCAAGAAACACACUUUAACAAAAGACAAGAAUCAGCUGAACCAGGAGAGACGGCUUGCCAGAAAAGCUUCCUCGAGUGAAGCAGAAAGAAGUCCUGUUAUUAUGCAGGAGAAAGCCAAAAAGCUUGAGCAGGAGGGCAGCUCUGGCGUGCUGUACUGCAAGGAGACGGGCGCGGACUCGGCGGUGGCCGGGAGUCAGACGGAGGGCAGCGAGAAGGACGCCAGCCGCUCCGAAAGCAGCUUCGAUGCGGACAGCGAAGCGUCAGAGAGCGAGAGUGCCCCUAGGCAAACGGCUUUCACCUCCUCCAGCAGCUCCUCUGCCUUGCACGUCAACCACGCCAACGUUAAAGCGCCGCACAACAGGCCGAGUGACAGUCAUGAAGAGGUGAUUUCCAGUGCCAUGUCCAAACUCGGCUUCUGCGAGACGAUAAACGAGGAUAAAAAGUCAAGCCGUGGCGAUUCGGGGCUGGGUUUAUCCAGCAAUUCCAUGUUCUCAGUGGACAAAUCCUCACUAUCCCAAAACCCGCAAAUCGCUUUCCAGACGCUUUCCCAAAGCUACAUAACCAGCUCAAAGGAAUGUUCUGUUCAGUCCUGCCUUUACCAGUUCACCUCUGUAGAGCUCCUGAUGGGGAACAACAAACUUUUCUGUGAGAGCUGCACAGAAAGGAAGCAGAAGCAUCAGAAGAAAACAAACUCCACAGAAAAGAAAAUGGAGGGUGUCUACACAAAUGCUCGGAAACAGCUGCUGAUUUCCUCAGUUCCUGCUGUUCUUAUUCUCCACCUGAAGAGAUUCCACCAGACUGGUUUGAGUCUACGGAAAGUAAACAGGCAUGUGGAUUUCCCACUGAUUUUAGACUUGGCACCAUUUUGUGCUGCAUCUUGUAAGAACGUUGCAGACAGCGCACGGGUGCUCUACAGUCUCUAUGGGAUCGUGGAGCACAGCGGCUCAAUGAGGGGCGGUCAUUACGCCGCCUAUGUGAAAGUCAGGACACCCUCCAAGAAGUUACUAGAGCAUAUUUCUACCACUAAAAAUGUUCUGGGUUUAAAAGAAGCCAUGGGAGCAUCAGGAGGACAGUGGGUGUAUGUUAGUGAUGCCCAUGUUCAGAUGGUUCCGGAAUCAAGAGUACUAAAUGCACAAGCAUAUCUACUUUUUUAUGAAAGAUUAUUAUUGUAAUUCUCAACAGUUUAAUUUAAAAAAAAAUGGUAGUGGUUAUUUAGUUUAUCUUAUUUAAAGCUGCAGUGGUAAGAGUACCUGUAAAUAUUGUGCCUUUAUCUUGUAGAGAGUUCAUCAUACGUUGACUCCGAAGUUCAGUCAAGCUAUUAUAAAUAAAUACCUGAAUGGUUCUCUUAAAGUAUGCACUUUGCCAAACAUCUAUAAUUCCUGGAGUCACUAAAAUACAGUACCAUUAGAAUGUAAGAUGAUGUCCUACCCUACAGAGGUCUACGGAAAGUUUGCUUUUGACUUUAAUAAAGAUAAGCUUUCACCCAUAGUUCUAGAACAG